AUGACGCCAGGGGACUACCUCCGUCCGUUUAGACUCAUCCUCUUCUGCUUGGUCUUCGCCACGGCGAGUCGAGCCCUCGAGGUCAAAUCCGCGCCUGCGCUGUACACGGGUGGCUUUGGUAAUUGUCUGGGCGGCAGGAGUUCGUUCACCGUCAGCACAUUCGAUAUCGCAUAUGAUGCCACCGGCAACAAGACUGUGGUCUUCCACUUUGAAGGCACCAGCGACAUCGAGAAUGAGUCUCUCAUGUUUCACGUCUCUAUCGAUGCAUACGGGAAGAACCGGUACUCUUUGACUUUUGAUCCAUGUAACUUCAACAUCACCAGUCUCUGCCCCCUGAGAUCGACCGUUCCUGUCACGGCUCGCGCGGUUCUGCCAGUCGGCAACCAGCCCCUCGGAGAGCUCGCAAGCACCGCAUUCACUGUUCCGGACUUUGAGGGCUCAGCGAAGCUGCAGCUCUACGCCAACUCCUCCAAGACCGAAAUCGGGUGCUAUCAGGCCAGCCUGACGAACGGCGAGACGCUUUCCCAUCCCGAGAUCGUUGCGCCGAUUCUCGGGGUGUAUACGCUGGUAGCGAUGCUCGCGUCGUUCUUUACUGCUGCGUACGGCGUCAGCGUUCCGCACAUGCGAAUGCACCAUGCCCACUCGCUCCCCGUCUCCGUGGUUCUCGAAACCUUCCAGACCAUCUUCUUCUCGGGGGCGCUCUCGGUCGACUGGCCUCCGCUGCUGACAGCAUGGUGGUCUAACUUCGCCUGGUCCGCCGGCCUCAUCUACAACGCAGACAUGUUUCGGUCGAUCUCUGCCUUUGCCGGAACGACUGGCAACACAAGCGAGAUUGGCGGCAGCGCUCUGCUGAUGGCUAGCACUAGGGAUGUGUCAGGCGCUCAUAUCUUUGACGCGUCUGCGACCCAAGAGGCUCUGGGCUUCGUCCCCAAUGGGACUAGAUUCAACUCCAGCUUUCUGAAUGACUACGCAUGGUCCGGCACCGCCGUCGCACCUGGGGUGCCUCUUCCGGGCAACUGGUCGGGCUUCCCUGGGACAUUGUCAGCUGUCAAUGUUGCGAUUGCUGACGCCUUUAUGGUUGGGCUGGUAUGGCUUCUCAUAGCCCUCGCGCUGGUUCUCUUGGCGAUGGGGGCCCUCAAGUUCUCGCUCGAAGGGCUGGCACGCAGCAAACGGAUCCAAGGGGACCGGCUGUCAUGCUUCCGCAGCCACUGGAUCGGCUACCUUGGCCAUGCGUUGGUGCGCGCGCUACUCAGCAGCUUCUUCAUGCUCAUGACUCUUGCAAUGCUCCAGUUCACCAUCAGGAUAUCGGUUGGCGCCGUCGCCGUGGCUACGGUCGUGUUUAUUCUCGCCGUCAUCGGGCUCGCCUCACUGGUCGCAACCGGAUGCCGAGCUCGCACUCGAGAUGUCAACCUCAAGGUCCAGUCCGAUUCGAUUGUCGUCUAUUACAAGACAGUCCUUCGGAUACUUCCCCUUGUCCUGACAGAUUGGGAGAGCACACUAAGGGAACACGAGCUGGAGGUCCGGCCAUUAUGUAGCAUCCCCUUUUUCCGAAUCCGGUGCCAACACACAGACCCAGACCGCCAGAACAUCCACCUGGACCAGUCCUUCGUCAAAAGGUUCGGCUGGCUUUCGGCAAGAUAUCGUCGCACACGAUGGUGGUACAUGGCGUACUACGUCGCCUACCUCUUCUGCCGUGCAGCGCUCAUAGGAGGCGGCUGGCGGAAUCCCCACGCGCAAGUCUACGGACUUCUAGCCGUCGACGUCCUGAACUUCUGCAUCAGCGCCAUACUGAGCCCGUUUGAAGGAGCUCGCAACACGGUCAUGGCUGUCUGGGUACUCGGCAUCUGCAAAAUCAUCACCACAGCCGUAUCCACCGCCUUCCUCCCAGAGUCCAACUUGGAUCGUACGAGGGCCGCCGCGCUCGGCGUCGUCAUCAUCGUCUUCCAGGGCCUGACCGUGGCUGCAUUGCUGGUCCUCAUCUUGCUCAGCACCGUCUCAUCCUGGAUGUCCCUGACGCGCAAUCGCGAGGAAAUCGAUCCAGAUUGGCUUGAGCCUGUCCGCGUUCGCUACUUCUUGAAGAUGGAGAAGAAAGCGCGGGACAGACGCUUUGACGAGGAGACGCUGGACUCUCCGCCACCGACGCCGCACUUUUCCGUGGUUGAGGUCCGCCGCAAACCGAAAAUCGAGGAUGAGGACGAGGACCAGGGCGGCGCAGCCGUGGGAGUUGUGCAUGAGCCAGAGCAGAACCCCGAUGACAGCGCCGGCGACGACCAGCCCAGCAUGCGGGGGCGGGCCCGCCACAGCCAUGCCAGCAGCGUCAGCCACCGGUUGAGCACGGGGAGCUUACCGCGGGCGGCCCGGCCGUAUCGCGCCUCGUGGUCAUCAAGAGACUUUGGCGAUGCUUCGCUCAGCCGCCCAGAGAGCGUGCUCUCACAACGGCUCAGCGGCAUCACCUGCAUCGUGACGGACUGCGAUGCGUCCAACGCUUCGGCAACACCAUCGGUCAAGCCGCAGAGCAGCAUGUGGAGCUUGAACACGCCGUCGGCCAGCAGAGCCUCCAGCCCCGGCCCAGGAAGGCUUUCGCGGGAGAGUGUGAGGAGGCCACCCACGGCGUUACCAGAGGCUCCGGAGCCACAGGACUGA